ACUCUACACCUUCAUUUAUUGGAGGUGAAGCUUUUAAUUCUGUACUGGUAGCAUAUUACUUGGAGUUGGGGUUGGUUUUAUAAUCCAGCCAUGGCAGUGGGACUAGCUAUACCAAGUGAAGGUGGCGAAUACAAUGGCAGAAUGACUCCUUUUGUUGUUCUAUCUUGCAUGAUGGCUGCCAUGGGAGGUGUUAUCUUUGGCUAUGACAUCGGAAAUUCAGGUGGUGUAACUUCGAUGGAGCCGUUUUUGAAUAAAUUCUUUCCUGCGGUAGACAGUAAGAUGAGAGGGAGUACCAAGUCUGGCAAUUACUGCAAGUUUGAUAGCCAACUCUUAACCUCCUUUACAUCUUCUCUCUACUUGGCUGGCUUUGUUUCUUCUUUCUUUGCCUCUUCAGUCACUCAAACCUACGGCCGAAGGUUGUCUAUCCUCAUUGGAGGUGUUUCUUUCCUUAUUGGUGGAGUUGUUGGUGGUGCAGCUCUCAAUGUAUACAUGGUAAUCCUCGGUCGCAUCUUGCUCGGAGUGGGGGUCGGUUUUGGGAACCAGGCAGUUCCAUUAUAUCUAGCUGAAAUGGCACUUCCCAAGUAUAGAGGAGCAAUCAACAAUGGCUUCCAAUUCACCGUCGGUCUCGGGGCAAUAUCUGCCAAUCUAAUUAACGUUGGUGCUGAAAAGAUAAAAGGUGGUUGGGGCUGGCGGAUCUCUUUAGGCAUGGCUGCUGUCCCGGCUUUGAUUUUGACAUUAGGCGCAUUACUUCUCCCCGAGACGCCCAAUAGCCUUAUCCAACGUAAUGAAGACCAGGAGAAGACGAAGCUUCUGCUACAGCGUAUUAGAGGAACACCUGAUGUUCAAGAAGAACUUGAUGAUCUGAUCAAAGCAAGUGCAGACUCCGGAAACAGAGAUAGCCCAUUGAAGAAAAUUACUCAAAAGAAGUUCAGACCACAUCUCAUAAUGGCAAUCUCCCUACCAUUUUUCCAACAACUUACAGGAAUCAACGUCAUUGCCUUUUAUGCACCAGUACUAUUCAGAACACUUGGUUUGGGCGAAAGUGCAUCACUAUUAUCUGCUGUUAUGGUCUCGCUCAUCGGCACAAGCUCGACAUUCAUAUCAAUGCUUACCGUCGACAAGUUCGGGAGGCGAUUCAUGCUCUUGUUCGGAGGGAUUCAGAUGCUCGUGACCCAAGUGACGAUUGGAGGCGUUUUGGCAGUUCAUUUGGGAGAUCAUGAAAAAAUGAGCAAAGGGUAUGCAUAUUUGGUUCUAACCAUGAUAGGCAUUUUUGUGGCUGGGUUCAAUUGGUCUUGGGGGCCAGUGGCUUCGUUGAUUUCAAGUGAGAUUUUUCCUCUAGAAAUCAGAUCAAUUGGGCAAAGUAUUAGUGUGGCAUUGAGCUUUCUCUUCACUUUCGUUAUUGCUCAAACUUUUCUUGCAAUGCUCUGCCACUUCAAGUCUGGAAUCUUCUUCUUCUUUGGGGGAUGGCUGCUGCUUAUGAACCUGUUUAUAUACCUUCUUCUACCAGAAACAAAGAAGAUCCCAAUUGAAAAGAUUGAGAGAGUAUGGAGGGAGCAUUGGUUUUGGAAGAACAUUGUGAAGGAAAAUUGUGUUGGAUCCAAAAUUUGAAGCCCCUCUUGAAUUCUAUAAGAUCAUAUAAUAAGAACGUGGGCAAAAUAUUAGUAGAAUAUUUUCAAAUUA